AUGGACGAGGAAGAGAGGAGAUGUCUGGUGGCGCGUUACCCGACGAUACAUAAUUCCGUGGAGAUAUUCGCGGCCACAGCCGGCAAGUCGCCGAAGGAACAGGAAUAUUUCAUGCCGCCCUCGGAGUAUAUCAGGCAGAUGUUGAUGAGCACUCAAGAGAGACUCGACUAUCUGCUGAGACACAGUCGCAGUAUGAACGCGCGAGCUUUACAUGUUACCGAAAGCCGCCACUUCCAGUCAUCUCCCUGUAUUGUUCUCUUUCAACGAUUCGUUCCCGGCGACGUGUACAACGCAACGCUUACAAUACGCAAUGUAUCAAAGGUGUCGCGGCGCUUGAGGAUCUCGCGCGACCCCGAUCCCUUUUUCACCGUGGAACAUCAUGGCUCGAAUUACAGCACGGUCGUAGCGCCCGGGCUCGUUCACGUUUAUAACGUCAGGUUCAGCCCGGCCGAAAGGCGAGACUACGAGUAUCGUGUCGGAUUCGUCGCCGACGAUGACGACAACGACGACGGCGACGUCUUCGCGGUGCCGGUAAUCGCUCUCGGUCCGAGGCCUGUACUCGAUAUCCCCGAUCAGAUCGAGAUACCGAACACCGCGGUGAAGAUCUCCUCCUCGAGGACGAUCUUGGUACGCAAUGUGGGAGACGCGCCGGCGACCUUCAAUUUCUGCUCGGACCAGUACGUUACGUGA